UCCUGUCGAAUUGUAAACAAAGCAACGUGAUGGAAACAAUAGAUGGUGAUGAGUUUACAUGGAAAAGGCCCAUGGAAUUGUUUGAAGAGAAUGAAAUGGUCAAGAUAUGUGCCCCAAUGGUCAGAUAUUCCAAACUGCCAUUUCGGAUGUUGGUGAGGAAGUAUGGCUGCGAUCUGGCGUUCACUCCUAUGAUAAUUGCCAACUCAUUCGUGGAAUCUCUGAAAGCCAGAGAUAUCGAGUUUACAACAUGCAGAGAGGACCGGCCACUGAUAGUGCAGUUUGCAGCUCAUAACGACAUUGACUUCGGCAAUGCUGCAGAGAUAGUCGCACCGUAUUCUGAUGGUGUUGACCUGAAUUGUGGCUGUCCGCAAAGAUGGGCGAUGGCUGAUGGCUACGGAGCAUGUUUGAUCCAUAAACCAAACCUUGUACAGGACAUAGUGAGGCAGGCAAGGAAUCGUGUACCUCGCUCUGACUUUACAGUGUCAGUGAAGAUCAGAAUACAUGAGGACAUAAGAGAAACUGUAGAGUAUUGUAAAAAGAUGGAAGCUGCGGGGGUUUCAUUUCUAUCUGUACAUGGACGCACGAAGGACCAGCGUAACCAACCGGUCAACCUGGAGGCCGUCAGACUGAUUCAAGAGAACGUUGGCGUUCCUGUGGUUGCUAAUGGCGAUAUUAAAUCCAUGGAGGAUGUUGAUCAUAUAAGAACUGUAACUGGGGCUAAAGGAGCAAUGUGUGCCCGGGGUAUCCUGGCCAAUCCUGCAAUGUUUGUGGGUUACGACAACACUCCACUAGAGUGUAUAAAGGAUUGGAUACAUAUUGCAAUGGAAUAUGGAACACCAUUUUCUGCGUUUCACCAUCACGUGAUGUACAUGUGUGAACGAAUCAUGUCAAAAUCUGAGAGACGAAUUUUCAACUCUUUGCCCAGUACAGCAGCAGUUUUGGACUAUCUUAGUGAUAACUAUGAUAUUAAAGUUGACAAUGGCUGACAUAUGGACAUGUCUUUAAUUCUGAGUGUAAAUAUAAAAAGAAAUUCAAAAAAGUGAAUCAGUGAGCUAAAUUUUUAACAAUUAGCUUAGCACAGCAGUGGUUCGGGUAUAUCUUAUUAAAUGAUAAUAAUGAUAUUGGGGUUGGCAAUGGCUGACAUGGUCUUUUUUCUGGGCUGAAAAUUGAUAUGUCAGUUCAUCAGCAUCAUAGAACUGGGUUUGAAAAUAAAAUCAGGUGGUGCAGAUAAUGAAUGCUUGACUACAAUGCGGUUUCCACACAUACGGUAGAUUAAACUUUCAAGUUUAUUUCUAUCAUAACCAUGACAUUUUCAUAUUCAGGAAUUCAAAAUAUAAAUGUUAUUUUUAAUACUGGUAUUUGCAAAAGGUUAUAAGUUGUGACAUCUGUGUCUAUUAUGUAAAUAGAUUAUUGAUGUGAACUCAUGUUUGUUUCAAAAGUUUUGACAUGUAUACAAUAUUGAACCAUUGUGUUUACGCUCAUCUUUUAACAUUCUGAAAUAAACCCUGCUGAUUUAUACACAAGAAAAACCUUGCCUUCAAAAUUCCUUGCAGAUUCAUGAAUUAAGAGCCUUUUCUUUUUAAAAUCUUAAAUUUAGGUCUAUAUUUGUAAUGUCUUAUCAUAUUUAGCUUAAUUUCCUUAAAUCGAUUGUCUUGUUUGAAUAAUGUUCGUCCUACUGCAUUUUUCUAGCUUCAUGUUAAGGCAAGAUUUUAAUCUCCCGCCACGGAGUGAGGAGGGGAUUAUAGGAAUGCAUUUUGUCCGUCCGUCCAUAACAUUUCAUGUCCGUGCUAUAUUUUACUUAUGCUUUGAUGGAUUACCAAAUGUUGUCUUGAUUGAGAUGAGGUGCAGUGACCUUGACCAGGGUCCAUACCUCAAAAGUCACAGUCAACUGUCUUGUCUGUCUGUCCGUAACAUUUUGUGUCCGGGCUAUAACUUACUUAUGCAUUGAUGGAUUAUCAUAUGACUUGGUACAAAUGUUGUCCUCAUUGAAACAAUGUGCUGUGACCUUGACCAUGCUAUCACUUACUUAUGCAUUGAUGUAUUGAUGGAUUACCAUAGAACUUGGUACAAAUGUAUACAAACUAUUAA